CUCUUUGCGAUGGAGAAAGGAGAGUUGAUAAUUUAUGCAACCUUCUCCCUCAAACAUCUAAUAAUACAAAUGCGAUAAAAUUAAUCAAUUGCAAACGUAGAUAUGAUUGCCAUGCGUUCUGGCAUUAAUUGGAUUCGUCAGCUAAUCGCGACUAUCGUUCCUCCGUGCAGUAUCGACAUGUUCGUCAAAAAGUUUGUUACUCGCUCCAUCUUCGUUGCCAAACCUCAGGAUGUGGCAAGGUUUGCUGUGCCUGUUCUGUUGCUUGCAGUCAUGGCACUUUUACUAUGGUCGUCCUACGUGUGUUUGAGCAUAAAAAAUUAUAAAAAGAUCAAGAGCAACUUCUCCACUGAAAAUCAACAGAACAGCACGAACAAAAGUUCAUCGAAGUUCCAACAAUCUUUGGGUGGCAUCAUUGGACGGAGAAUGACUAAUUAUUGUCAAAUUCAAACGUGCGAUGCAGUAAGCUGCUCGAAUAUCCCGUACGAUUCUGGAACAGUAGUGUCAAACUUCAUCGAGAACAAAUUCAAGGUCGACUGCAAGCUCGCAAAAUCCGUAAAACUGUCACUCGUCGGCUGCGAAUUCCCCGAGAACACGCUCCGAUGGAAUUGGCUGGGCACCAAUUUGUCGAUCGAGGAGUUAACGUUCACGAGCUGCUCCCUCGGCAAAAUAGACGACGACGCGUUCUCGUUGCCCAUUUACACACGAACGAGAACAAUCACCAUGGUCAAAAACAGGCUGACCACUUUGCGCAAGGCGACGUUCCGUCACCUUAAGGCGUUGCAGGCGCUGAAUAUUCGCGAGAAUGUCAUCGAGUCGGCUGAAUUUAAUUUGCUCGAAGAGGCGGCGGGUUCCUUGACCACGCUGGACUUGACCCAAGCGAUCAACGAUCGAGAGGUGCUGCGAAACAUAACUGGCGGGACAGCGUUGUUGUCAAGCGUGGAAAUAUUACGUUUGUCGGGAAACGAUCUAUUCGCGAUCGAUGCCGGAUUGUUCGCCGGUGUGCCAAAUGUGAGAUCGCUUUAUCUGGACCACUCGAACAUUAAGACAGUGUCGCCAGAUACUUUGAAACCGAUGGCCUCGUCCAUAGAACAGUUGAUGCUGUACGACAACGAUAUCGCCUGGCUACCAGAGGGAUUGCUCGACUCCGUGAAUAAACCAAACGUCUUUCGUAUGUUCGUACGCAACAACUCCUGGCACUGCGACUGCAAUUUGAAAUGGUUGAAGGAUUUCGUGGAAAGUCAAUCGAACGCUGAAUAUCUAAUUUGCAAGACUCCGAAGGAGAACGCUAACAAGUCAUUCUUUCAAGCGGAUUUCUGUCCUCGACCAACCACCGCUCUUGAAUCUACUGACCAUUGGACCACCAGUACUCAGCAAGUCCAAUCCUCCGAACAGACCACUGAAACCGACGGAACGGUCCACGUGAUUUGCAAUCACGCCGAGCCAUACGCGCACACUUUCAAUACGCGUAAAUUGUUGUCCACGGAGCUUCAGUUUGCCUCUCGAUUUCCUGAUUUCUACGUAUCGGAGAUCCUCGAUCACAGUAUACAAGUGAGCCUGCCCGACUUCAGCGAAGGGCUCACGCUGCUCUGGUUCGACAACAGGAACGUCAUCGGCUCGCUCGGCUGUGCGAAAAACGCGAGGCGCUCUUAUCGGUUGCGGGAUAUCGAUCAGCAAGCGACGUACACGAUCUGUUUGCUCGAUGAUAACAGAGACACAGUGUCCCCGUUGAAUUGUCUGGCGGUGACUACCAAGUCGACUUACGAGUCCGGCACCUGGUUAACGAACGCGGACAAGAGCCUGGUCUUCCUCGCGCUGACGCUGUCGUUGAUCCUGCUGUUCCUCGUCGGUGGUAUCCUCUCGUUCCUGAUGAUAAGACGACACCCGACGUUGCUCCGCGGCAGCAAACGGGUGAUGUUCGUGAAACGAAGGAACGUGGACGCGAUCGUGCUCCCGAAGGGCGUCGACAUCGACGAGGGGAAGCAGAGGGAGGGGAAGUCUCACGAGGAUGACUACGUGACGCCGCUGCCUCCGAAGAGAAUGCUGGCUACUGGGACGUCGAGACUGUCCAGAAGGAGUUCCCAGAGCGAUCGGAAUAGCUACAUAUCGCAGAUGGAGACAACAGAGUCGCAGCUGGCUCUCUGGGCGAGGCUCAAGUGCGAGCAGGAGAAACGGAAAUCGAUCGCUCCUCCGUUACCGCCGCAUCCUUCCGACUCGAUUCCCUCGGUCUCUCAAACGAUAGACACGAAGAACGAUCGCGUUUACGAAGCUGAUGCCUAUUAGAUCGGUCGGUUGUUUUGCGCCAACGUACAACUGAAAAAUUCGCACCAUCGACGAACGUUGCAACGCGAAACUAGAUAGAGCCGAUUCUCGCCUCGAAUCGCGUGAAAUUUGGCCGCCGGCCGAAAACGUACGGCGUGUCAGUUGUCAAUUGUCGAUGACGCUCCAUCAGGGAAAUGUCGAUAGUUGGAAAUGAAAUUUCGAAAUAAAAUCGUCGGUCAAUUUUCACGA